GUGAAACCAGGUUCACUUCUGCCAAGCAUGGCUGAUGCCGUUGCUGAGAAACCUUGUUCAUCUUCAUCGAAACCAAAGCCGGAUUUCAAUGACAGAUUUAGAAAGUUGCAUCAGUUAAGGCAACAGUCGCGGAAGGCGAAUCAUGAACAAGUUGUGGAAGAGGAUCGAAAGAAGAAGCUACCAAAAAAUUACGAAGCCAAGAAGGCUCGCGAUGAGUGGGAGCUGCAAGAGAUGGAAGAAAGAAAGAAAGCUGAAGAACAAGGUUUGGAUUAUGAGCGGAUAAAGGCUCUCAAUACGCCAGCUGAUGUGGUGGCAAGAAUAGAAAUGAAGAGAAAGCGCAAGAAGAAUCCUGACCAGGGUUUUUCAACUUACGAAGAUAUGACACUCCGUCAACAUACACGCUUGACCACGGCACUGAAGCCUGACUCGGAAUCAUAUAAAAAGAUGCGACAAGUAGUGUAA